ACAUCGCAAUCACGCGUGGUUAACUUUCGAUUAGUCUAGUCAUUAUAUUAAUAGAAAGCUAUUUCAAACUACUCAAAGAUUAGGUUUGAAGGUAUCGAGCGAAAAUGGUUGGAGCUGUUAAGAUCGUUAUCGUAUUCCUACUUCUUGCAGAUCAUGCAGUAAAGUGUUUUAAACUUGGGCAGCUAUGCAGUUCAAAUUGUGGAAAUACAAUUCGUGGAUGUGACAGUCAGGGUUGUGGGUAUUACGGAGCACCAAGAGGUUCCCGAACACACAAGGGUGUCGAUAUAAUUUGCUCGCCAGGAAGUCUUGUCAUUGCACCAUUUUCUGCGAAGAUUUUACGUAAAUCAUUUCCAUAUUCAAACAACAACGAAGCAUAUAACAAUGGAUUGUAUAUUGAAGGAACUGGUGAAGCCGAGGGUUUUCGUGCAAAGAUAUUUUAUUUCACCCCUUCUAAAUAUUCAGAAGCGGUGAAAAAGGGCUCGAUGUUGGGAAAAUCGCAAGCACUUCCUUAUUCAGGGAUAACACAACAUUUGCAUCUACAGCUCUAUAAGAAUGGUGUAAUCGUUAACCCACAAGACUAUUUGUAAUAAUGCCAUGGUAUUGUAUUAGCAAAGUUAACAUAAUCAUAGUUGAUGACUUGAUGGUUAAUUUACUUCAUUAUUGUUUUCUCGUUUUUUUGCCGUGUAGUUAGUUUUAUUCAUACGACGAUGUCAAUUUUAAAAUUGUAAAGAUACAACAAAUACAAUAAAAAUCAAAAAGG